AUGGGGAUGAACGACUACAAUUCUGUGUUGGUCGACGACAAACCCAUCGAGUCCGCACGGGCCCUCGUCGCUCCUGUUGCGUGCGCGAUCGGUGCGGCCAUCGACGUAAGCCAGCUGCAACCUCGCACUGCCGUCGAUUUGCUUCCCAUGGUCGACUCCUCCAUCACUGACCAACUCAUGUUGACUGAUCUCCAGGCGCUGGUUCGGGCCGGGGAAAAGACCGUAUUCGUUUCCGGCAUCUUCCCAAUGGGGUGCAUCGCUCUGUUCCCCGCCAAGUUCGAGACUCAGAACGCCGCGGAGUACGAUCCAGAAACGGGUUGCCUCAAGUGGAUAAACGAGUUCUCGCAGCACCACAACCUACUGCUGCGGCGCGAGCUCCGUCGACUUCGGCGAGCCCACCCACACUGGUGCGUCGACUAUGGUGGCGUGCUGUGGAGGUGA